CCCGUGUGCGGGCGGGGGUGCGGUCCCGCUAUAAAACCCGAGCGGCUCCGGCUCAGCCCGGAGUCACCGAGGGACCGGAGCCAGCUCAGGCAGCCCUGCCGUGGCACCAUGAGGGCCGUGCUCUGGGACCUGCUCCUGCUCUGCCUCUUCGCCCGCGCACGCGGCGACUGCCGCGACGACUGCGUGCACUGCGACCGCCUGCUCUACCGCGACAGCUUCGACGUCCUCAUCUGCGUGCUGGAGUGCGAAGGCCAAGCCGUGCCCAGGGCCACCUGGGAGCUGUGCGCGGCCGCCAGCCGAGCCGCCCCGCGGCCUCGCCACCUCUCCGCCCAACGCUGGCCCGGCGUGGCCAACUCCCUGCCGCUCGCCGACGCCGAGCCGGCUGCGCCGGGCGCCUUCCCGCAGCCUCGCCGGGACGAGGAGGAGGAGGAGGAGGACAUUUCGCGGCGGCUGGGCGCGGGCCGGGCGGCCAAGGGGGUGCAGAAGAGGUACGGGGGCUUCAUCGGGGUGCGCAAGUCGGCGCGGAAGUGGAACAACCAGAAGAGGUUUAGCGAGUUCCUGAAGCAGUACCUGGGCAUGGCGCCGCGCUCCACGUUCCGGCAUCGCUUCCCAGCCCGGCACAGGCAAAAUUAAAUUCCUGCUCCUGCUCCGUCCUCUCUCUGCCGGACCCCAAAGCGCUUCAGACCCGAAAAAGCUCCAAAAUCUGCUCCAAAUUUCCUCUUCACCCUCUCAAAUCCACAUUUUACCCCGGAGCCGACGAAUCCCGACGCGCGCGCGGAGCCGCGGGGGAGGGCGGGAGGGAUCCGCGCGGAAACCGACGCGAAAUGUGGGGAAAAAAUGGAAUUUUUGCCGGGAAAAAUUGAAAUUUUUUUGCCAAAAAAAACCCCAUUUUUUUUUUUUUUUUUUAAUUUUUUGAAUUCAAAAAUCAGCCCCAAAUUCCCAGAGGAUUUCCCAGCAUUGCCAACGAGAUUUUGGCUUCCUGCAGGAUUAAUUCCCAAAUUUCAGGGGUCGCGUCCCAAAAUCUCCCGGAAUUCUGGAAACCCUCGUUUGUUUUAAUUCCCCAUUUAUUUAUUUUAAUUUUGUUGCUGCCAUUCCCGCCUUUUUCCGAGCGUUUUCCUUGGAAUUUUGGAACCACUCUGGGUUUGGCUCCUCUGUUCCGCACCGGUCGCGUCCCUGAUCCAAAAAAAAAAAAAAAAAAAGUGGGAUUUUCCCACAUUUUUUUUCCCAGGAGGAAAAUCCAACCUGAUCCAUUCCAUCUUUCUUGAUUUAUCCCAAAAAACCAAAAAAAUUCCAACACCUCAUUCCCGAGCCCGUCCCGCGGCGCCGCCCUUUGU